AGGUGGCCGUUUGCCAUGGCGACAGCCUGGUUCUGUAUCCUGGUGACUGUCACCUGUCUAUCAUCCCUGGAGGCCGCGAUCAUCAAGGGCAACUCCCAGGAUGGAGAACUAAACGCCAAUCAGAUGCUGGAGAAUCUAAUGGAGGAAAUCAUCCGCGAACUGCUUCAUUCGGAACUGGAUAAAGUUAAUGUGGAAGGACCCCAAGAAGAAAACGAUGCUCUCUUGUCGGAGGAGCUGACGUUGCUACAAAAAAUCAAGAAAGUCAAAGACAAAGAUCCAGUUGACAAAAUGCCAGACUCAGAUGACGAAUAUAAGGACAACGAAGGGCCAAGCGACGGAUUGAGAGACACCGAUGAAGAAGCGGCAUCUGAUAGAAUGCCUGAUUCAGAUGACGCUUAUAGGGACAAGGACGGACCGAGCCACGAAACCCGUAUGUCGAAGGGUGAAAGUCAGCCAGUCCCCUUUUGGACCAAUCUCUGCUGUGCAACUAUCACGAAUGCUUCAGCAAACUGAAGACCUGGCCAGAGGUACCCUUUUUCCUGCUGAGGGACGGCCACUUCCAGGUGGACUGGGCCACUAAAUACAUCCGGCUUUUCCUUGUCUACAACAGGAACGCCUUUGUUAAAGUAUUCAACAACGAUCGCCAGGCAGUGGAGAACCACGCCUUGGAACUUGUCUCCAUCCUUGACAAGGCGUACAGCCACAUCAACUUCCGGGUGCUCCUGACCGGGGUGAAGAUUCUGGCGGAGCUCUGGCCAGGAGAGGAGGAAAACCCGCAUUACUCUGAGUUUCUCAAGCCGAAAGUCCGGGAGUACAUCUGGACGGAGCUCCGGCCGGUGGAGAAGUUCGACGCGGCCGCUUUCAUCACGGGCCCGCCCUAUUUCCACGGUACCGGGGCCAGCGGUGCCGGCAUGGGGGACUUCUGUGUGGUGGAGAAUGUCGACUCCUACCCCUUCCUUAUCAUCGGGACUUCAGCGAUCACUUCCGGGAGGCCUGCCGACAUGAUGGACGUCAUGACACAUGAGAUGGGACAUCUGUUCCAUAUGGGGCAUCCAUUUGACCCCCUGGACGGCGGCAGCUAUCCGUGUCCCACAAAGAAACUCUUCGGGUCCUCCUGCACCAUGGGCGGGAAUGAAUAUCCCAAAUCCUUCGGCCAGCUGUUUCUGCACAGAAUCAGGACCAAGGACUUCACCUGUCUGGAGCGCAAGCCUCCACAGGCGGAGGUUUACAAAUGUGGAAACGGCGUUCUGGACCACGGAGAGGAAUGUGAUUGUGGGUCCGACAAGGCGUGUUUAGAGACUGACCCGUGCUGCGAUGGCCAGAUCUGCAAGCUGAAGGAGGGGGCCGCAUGCGCAGAGGGUCAGACCUGCUGCAAGAACUGCAAGAUUGACCUCGAGAGCUGCCCUGUGAAGUCAACGAGUCCCGCAAUACAACUGCGAGCAUGGGUCCCACUGUCCCUCGAAUCGACCUACACGGAGAUCACCUCCCCAGCGUCCGGCAUCAUAGAGCCGGCCCCGUUCGGAAAACUCACUCCCAAAAACAAAGUCCUGACGUGGCUGCUGCGGGCUCCGGCCGGCCAGCGGAUCGGCGUGCGUCUGGCCCUGCCUGCCAUGGAUUCGGAGUAUUUCGAGGUGUGGGUCGGAUGUCCCUAUGACUGGGUGGAAGUGCGCGAUGGCGGGAAGGUGACGUCACCAGUCCUUGGGCGCUACUGCACACCGUUACGGAACACAAUGUUAAAGUCUACGUCACACGAGCUGUUGGUGAGGUUCCGCAGCGACAGCUCCUUUGACAGCCACUUCGUCCUGGAGUACACUUUCGACCCACAGGAAGAAGACGAACAGGCGCAGGAGGCUGCCUGCCUGUCCGGAGACGGCGCGUCGUACCGCGGCCCCUGGUUUACAUCAAACAAGGGGCGGGCGUGCCAGGCGUGGGCCAGCCAGACUCCGCACAAACACUCCUACACCACACAGCGCUACCCGGCAGCCGGCCUGGACAGGAGCUACUGCCGCAACCCCAGCGGCUCCAAGACCGUCUGGUGUUACACCACCGACCCGGGAGAGGAGUGGGACUGGUGCCCCGUUCCCAAAUGCGGAACUGUCACGCCGGAGGUCGGGCCGGAAAUACAGGAUGUCCUGCGGGACGCUGGAGAUUGCUAUGCCGGUAAAGGAGAGUCUUACCGCGGCACGGCAGCUCUGACCUGGUCGGGCCACGCCUGCCAGGACUGGAGCUCCCAGACGCCCCACAGCCACAGCUACAAGCCGGAGUCCCACCCUGACGCGGACCUGGCGAACAACUACUGCAGGAACCCCACUCCGGACUCGGAGUACGCUCCCUGGUGCUUCACCGCCUCGCCUGAGGAGAAGUGGGACUUCUGCGCCAUACCGAAGUGUCUGAAGGAGGACUGAACCUGAACCUGAACCAGCGAACUCGCAGCAGAAGCAGCACAGAAAUCAUCUACGCGAGGAUUUGUUACGUCUGUUUUACAGAGACUAGAAGUUAACAAUGGGUGGUUGGGGCAGCUAACUCGGAACUAGCUAACUCAGGCACGUAAAAAUAACACUCAAGUCAAGUUUAUUGCACAGCGAUUGUAUCAUGUACAAUGUAUGGUAAACGACGUAUUACUAACAACUACAAACUAUCUACAUUAGUAUACUAACUAACAUCAUUACUGAAUACGCAAUAUGGUGGCAUAGUGUAUUUUACAUUGUUAUGGUAGUAGGUAACAGGAUAUGCCUUUACCUUUGUGCAAAGUUUCAACUUAUUGGAUAAAAAUCAGUUUGCUUUGAAACCACUUGAAUACUUUUUGACUCACCCUCGUAUAUUUCUAAUGUAACAGCAACUAUGUGUAAUGCUAAAGCACCGAACUCGAAACCCAACUUGACAACUGGGAGUUCUAAAUAUACAGUUAGGCUCUUUAAUUCAAAUAUACUUUAUUGUGAUUUGAUUCCACGGUGGUAUCUGUUUAUGACGGGCAAGAUUACAUUUCAGCUAAAGCUAUCUUUUAAUAAUAAUUGUAAUAGAAGUGAAAUAUGGUAAUUGAUUAUGAGUAGAAAUAGCCAACUUUGUUCAUUUUAACCUGUCUAAACCUUUGUGCGCUCGAAGCAUAUCGUUAAUCGAUUUUAAAUAUAAAUUUGCGGUGAAGGCCUGAUGCUAUGAGUGGUAUAUCGGUAUAGUGUGCAAGUUUAUUUGUAUUUGAAUUCUUUGGAAAGUGGAAUUAUAUGCUUUUAUAUUUAGCAUCACGUGUCUCGGCCUUCGCGUGCUGAGAUGAUACAGAAGGAUAAUAAUGUAAUUUUAGAUACUUAUUCAAGUGCUGAUCUUCUUAUUCAUGCUCCAAUAAACGGUU